CCCGGGGGCGGGGGCUGGCCCCGGCCGCUGCCUGCAGCCGAGCUCCGCGGGGAGAAAGCGGCGGCGGCUCGGGGCGGGGGAAACGAGGGGAAAAAAAAAAAAAAAAACAACGAAAAAAAAAAAAAAGAAAAAGAAAACCGCCACCUUCCUGUAUUUUUUUUUCCAUUUUUUUUUUUUUUUUCCCUUUUUUUUCCCUUUUUUUUUUUUUUCUUUUGGUUCCCUCCCCCCCCCCCCCCCCCCCCCGACAGCUUGCUCGCCCUGCUCGCCUCCCUGCAUGACUGUCACCGAGGGCCCAGGAGCCUCUCCCUGAGCCCCGAGCCAGAAGCUGGGUGUCAGGAGGUGCCCGGCGAGCCCGCGGAGCAGAGCUCAGAGCUCUUGUCGAGUCAAUGAGAGACCUCCACAAGUCUAGCGUGCUGGGAAGCAAGCACGGCAGCCUGAUGUCAUGGCGCCCGCAGUACCGCAGCUCCAAGUUCCGCAACGUCUACGGGAAGGUGGCGAGCCGGGAGCACUGCUUUGACGGCACCAUCACCAAGAACGUCCACGACAACCACUUCUGCGCCGUCAACGCCCGCUUCCUCGCCAUCGUCACCGAGAGCGCCGGCGGCGGCCCCUCGAUCCCGCUCGAGCAGACAGGCCGGAUUGAGCCAAACUACCCCAAAGUGUGCGGUCACCAGGGCAAUGUGCUCGACAUCAAGUGGAACCCCUUCAUCGAGAACAUCAUCGCGUCGUGCUCCGAGGACACCUCGGUGCGGAUAUGGGAGAUCCCCGAGGGCGGCCUGAAGAGGAACAUGACGGAGGCCGUCCUGGAGCUGUACGGGCACAGCCGGCGCGUCGGCCUGGUCGAGUGGCACCCCACCACCAACAACAUCCUCUUCAGCGCGGGCUACGACUAUAAGGUCCUCAUCUGGAACCUGGACAUCGGGGAGCCUGUGAAGAUGAUUGACUGCCACACGGACGUCAUCCUCUGCAUGUCCUUCAACACGGACGGCAGCCUGCUGGCCACCUCCUGCAAGGACAAGAAGCUGCGGGUGGUGGAGCCGCGCUCCGGCAGGGUGCUGCAGGAGGCCAGCUGCAAGAACCACCGCGUCAACCGCGUGGUCUUCCUGGGCAGCACGAAGCGGCUGCUCACCACGGGGGUCUCGCGCUGGAAGCGGCAGAUCGCCCUGUGGGACCAGGAGGAUCUGUCCAUGCCCCUCAUCGAGGAGGAGAUCGACGGGCUCUCGGGGCUGCUCUUCCCUUUCUACGACGCGGACACCCACAUGCUGUACCUGGCUGGCAAGGGUGACGGCAACAUUCGGUACUACGAGAUCGGCUCGGAGAAGCCCUACCUGAGCUAUCUCAUGGAGUUUCGCUCUCCGGCCCCGCAGAAAGGACUGGGGGUGAUGCCAAAGCACGGGCUGGACGUGUCGGCCUGCGAGGUCUUCCGCUUCUACAAGCUCGUCACCCUCAAGGGGCUCAUCGAGCCCAUCUCCAUGAUCGUGCCAAGGAGGUCGGAGACGUACCAAGAGGACAUCUACCCCAUGACUCCGGGCACGGAGCCGGCCCUGACGCCGGACGAGUGGCUGAGCGGGAUGAACAGAGAUCCCAUCCUGAUGUCGCUGAAGGAGGGCUACAAGAAGACGUCCAAAAUCGUCUUUAAGGCGCCGGUGAGAGAGAAGAGGGGCGUCGUGGUGAACGGCAUCGACCUGGAGAACGUGCCGCCCCGCGGAGGGAACGAGCUCCUUCGGAUGUUCUUCCGGCAGCAGGACGAGAUCCGGCGGCUGAAGGAAGAGCUCUCGCAGAAAGACAUACGGAUCCGACAGCUACAGCUGGAGCUGAAAAACUUGCGCAACAGCCCGAAGAAUAAUAACUUCCAGGGACGUUUUAUAAAUAAACUUUCUUGUUUAUACUCGCUCUUUAAUUUUAUUGUAUCCACUUACACAGAAUAUGAGCAGAAGCCGAGUGACCUGCCAAGAGCCCAGACGCUAACUGGAAAAAAAAACGUCCUUGUAGCCUCGUCUAGCACUAAAAAUGGCCACGGGUUUUAAGCGGACAGCUACUGCAUGAAGGGAAGCCGGGCAGUGCUUGCAACCCCUCGCUUCUCGGAGUCAGUAGGCGAGCAGCGUCUCUCCGUCGGGGCCGGACCGAGCGCGAGGGCAAGGCUGCACGUCCCUAGGAAAGCACCCGGGGUGCCUCGCCAUGAUUUUCUCCUAUGCAAGGUGUGACAGCGAUGCUCAUCGCUGCAGGGCUGGGAUCGGGUCGCGGGGCUGGCACGGGCGGGCAGGGCUGCGUCCCCAGCCCACGGCUGCGCACCCGCCCGGCUGCACGCAGCCCUCUCCUCUGAAACCAAUAAAAUUAAAAAAGGAAAAAAAAAAAAAAAAGAGAGAAAAAAAAAAAAAAAAAAAAAAAAAAAAAAAAAAAAAAAAAAAAAAAAAAAAAAAAAAAAAAGAGGAAAAAAAAAAAAAAAAAAAAGAGAGAAAAUGAAAAAAAAAAAAAAAAAAAAAAAAAAAAAAAAAAGAGGGGGUUUCCUAGACAGAGAGGGAUUUUUUGCUCCUUAGCCCUCUGCAAAGCGGGACUUAACCGCCUCCUUUCCCCCGGGACGCGUGCCAGUGCCCUGGGGAGGGACUUGACGGGUGCAGCACAUGCGUACAGUCACAGUGGUUGUGAACUAGGCCUCUAGCACAGGGAAAGAACCAAAUACUGCUGUUUUCUCUCUCUCUUCUCACUGAGUCCAGUUGCUGAACUGCCAGUGCGACGGUUUCUCCUCCCUGUUCAUUUACUUGUGCCCUGUACCCGACGCUUCCCUGUCUUUACGUUACAUGUGCUGUCAUCGCCUAUUAUUUAUGCUACUACGGAAUAGUGACAAAAUAAAAGGUUUUCAAGAUA